AUGCCAAAAGCUGAAGUGGGAUCAACCAAGCAUCUCUCCAACAAACUGAAGAGCAAAGGGCUCCAGCGUCUACGAUGGUACUGCCAAGUCUGCGAGAAACAAUGCCGUGACGCGAACGGAUUCAAAAUGCACACGCAGUCGGAGAGCCAUGUCCGGCAAAUGCUGGUGGUCGGCGAGGAUCCUAAAAAGUUCAUCAACCAAUACAGCGACGAGUUUAUGAAGGAUUUUGUGCAGCUAUUAAAAACCGGCCACGGCGAGAAACAAGUACACAUUAACCAGUUCUACCAAGAGUACAUUGCGAAUAAGGAGCAUAUCCACAUGAAUGCGACAAAGUGGCCGUCAUUGACAGAGUUUGCUAAACACCUCGGAAGAGAGGGCAUUUGUCGCGUGGAGGAAACAGACAAGGGCAUCCACAUUUCAUGGAUUGAUAACUCCCCCGAAGCCUUGAAACGACAGGAAGCAUUAAGGAGGAAAGAGGCGCAGGAUCAGGGUGAUGAGGAGUUGGAGCAGAGGAUCAUCAAGGAGCAGAUUCGAAGGGCGAGGGCUAAUGCAGCGAGUCGCGAGGAACAACCCGAAGAUAACAAGGAUCGUGAGUUGAAACGCCAAGAAGGUGAGAAGAUUACUCUAUCGUUUGGUGCGAAGCCAACACAAGAAGAGUCGAAACCACCUGGCCAAGAAUCACCGACAGAGCCUUCCCCGUCACUUGACACCAAGGGUGCAGAGAGCAAAGUAGAUCCCAAACCAUCUGGUUUCGGCGGUUUAUCCAUGAAACUCGGCAGCAAACCACAAACCAAGAACGUAUUCGCAGAAGCAAAAAAGAACGCAUUAGCAGGCGGAUCCAAGAGCGCCAAAAUCGAACAACCAAAGAAAAUGAGAGAAGCAGAGAGGAUCAUGCGUGAAGAGAUGGAUAAGAAGAGAUCACGAGCUUCAGCAGGGUUCGGAUUCAGCAUGUCAUCCGGGAAGAAGCAGCGCAGUAGCUGA